GUCCGCGAAACAGUGAACUGGAUUUUCCAAGGUUUCUCGCGGGGGAGAGAGAACCGUACGGUUGCGCGCGUGACUACGCUCGUCUCGCGUUUUCCCUACAGACGAUGCCGUUCAUAUCGAAGGAUUGGCGCAGUCCUGGAGAGGAAUGGGUCAAGACCGUCGAGGGUUGGGAAAAGAAAAAAAUCCUCGAGUGCGCCAACAAUAAAACGCUUUCUCUCCUGCUUCGCGGUGACAAGGAUGCGCUCGAUAAAAAGGAGAAGGAGAAAAGAAAGGAGAACGUCGUCCAGCCGCAUUGCCACAUCACGCUCAAGUGCACGCGCGAGAUCGCGGGCUUCAACGGAUUAAGCGAUGCGCUGAAGAGGCUCGACUUUUUAUCGGCGGUGCACGAUUGUCGACGCUUCAAUUAUAUUGUGCGACUGCUCGAUCUUUUGGUCAGCCAUAGAAUGGGUGGUCUCAGCGGAUGCGCUCAGAGAGUACUGUUCAAUAUGUUGGAAGAAGUCGCGCUGGAAGUAUCGUUGUCGCAGCAACAAACUGGAAGGCUUCGUCGUUUGAUCGAAAGGGUGCGGGCGUUCAGCGCGGGCUGCUGUUGGGGCGGAAGACCUCUGGGCUCCGUCAUCUUGUGGGAGAAACACAAGGCAGCCCUUGAAAGAAUUUUGCAAAUCGCUUCGUCGAUUACCAUUACUCAACCGGAUGAAAAACAGCAACCCCAAUGGUCCGACUUGCCCGCCGAAUGUCGUCGGGAAGUGCUUCUUCGACUGAGCGAUCCACGAGACAUCGAAGCUUCUUCGGAAGCCUGCGAACAUCUAGCCAUCCUGGCUCAGGAACAAAGAAUUUGGCGGGAGCUCGCUCAGUAUCAUUUCACGUCCCAACAGAUAACCGCUACCAGACAAAACAAUCCUGGAAAAGACUGGAAAACUAUAUUUACCAUUGCUCGAAGGUCGUUUGGGCUCCGGGAAGAAUAUGCAGAGAUGAUUCAAUUGUGCCGCAAUUGCCGUUGCUUGUUUUGGCGGUCGUUGGGUCAUCCUUGUAUCGCUGACCAGGAUCCGGCGUUUCAAGAGAAGUUAGCGGACGUGGAUCAAGCCUCCCUUCAUGUUCCGAUUCCUCCGCAGACUUUCCUCAAGUUCUUCUCGCUAUGAACGCUUCAUACGCGCCCGUCAAGUUCCAAACGCGAUUCGAUGCAUCGAGACGAGUGUCGAGAUCGACCGUGUUCCCGACUGCGAUCGCAUCUCCUUCUCUAUUCCUCGGAUGUAGCCGGGGUAUAGAUGUCCGCGCGGCGCCGUAUCCAAUCGGAGCAGGCGCUCGCGUUCGAAACGUGUUAUUCUUUGCCUAGAGAUUUCAUCGUUGUCGUGUAAACUUUGAACCAACGAUACGCGAAAAGCAUCCUUUUCGCAUUCGAGCUGUUACUUCGUGCUACAAGACCGCGUUUCUCUGGUCUUGAAUCGAUUGCAGAAAUUGCCAGUCAUUUUUUCGUUAGUUUCGUUUCUCGAAAGCUUCGACGUUUUUAACCGCGAUGCAUGUAAUUCGAUUGUCUUCCGUAAUUUCUUUUCCUGUCCCUCUCCUUUUCCCCUUUCCUUUUUAACAAUUAAACGUUCAAAAAUCGACGAAACGAAUGUACGAAUUGAAACUUACAGCGCUCGAAACAAAAAUUCGACCAGGACUGCUCAAGAUGCAUCAAUUUUCGCAUUUCUAUGACGCGUGUAUGAACCGUUUAGAAAAUUGGACAGUCACUCGCGGUGUAAUUUUACCCCGUCUAUUGGUAGCUAUCGCCAUCACACGAUUCAUUUCCAUUUCGGUGAAUUUAUCUUUCUCUCUGCAUUUAUUUGAACUUUUCGUGCAUUUUUACAUUUAUUUUCACUACUCAUUAUCACAUAUAGAUGCGUUUUACGGGCGAUACGUUCGACAAUGGCUGUUGGUAUUUUAUCCUCGUUAAAGACGGAAAUUGAAAGUUAUUUUGAAAGUCAGAAGGAAAAUGAAUGGGCUCGCAGGUUCACGAAAUAAGGGGAGAAACAAAUGGAAACACGCAUGUAUUUUCAUUUCUCGCCCGAAUACUCGUUAAAAGAAUGGUCAAAUUCCUAUUUACGAUGCUUAGUAUACAGUUAUUGUUUGUAUGUAUUGGUUUAGCAGUAACGUCGUCGGAUUUUCCAAGAUAUCGCAAAUAUAUAAUGUCUAAUGACCGUUUCGUUCGAAACGCUGAAAAUUAUACUGCCAAAAUGGAUGCUAUUGCAUUUAGACGAAUUGAAGUGUUUUCUGUAAUUCCGUUCAAACAUACAGCAUAGUUGUUUUGAUAUUACGUUUUUCUCAAUGGCAACAAUUACGAUCGUUACACGCGUGUAUACGCAUAGUUUAUUAUAUAACUUGAAAAAUUAGAAAAAAUGGGGCGACCAAACGAUGUACACAUAAACGCGUAUGUUCUUCGGUUAAAAAAAAAAUGCAACACGAAUUGCAAAUUUAAGUGCAAAAUUUUAGCAGCUCAUCGAACGUUACACUGCUUCAUGCACUGACCUGUGCAUUCUUGGAUCGAUAUUAUUUUACUUACAUAAACAACUGUAGAUCAGUGUUGUGUAAAAUGCUUUGAAAUAAAAAAUUUACCUGUAUAUAUAUAUUUAUAUAUAUAUACAUUAAAUUGUUUUAAUAUAUAUGUAUGUAAGUGUGCAUACAUAUAUACAUAUAUAUUAAAGCUCAUUUAAACGUGUAUAUGUACAAUUAUCUGUACAUACCAUGUUCAUAUUAAAAAUUAUACUAUUUUUCAAUUUCCCAUUAGUUUUGUACGAUACAAUUUACUAGUUGAAUAAGCUAUCUAUACUUUUGCUUGUUACUUCUUAUAAACGAAUCGGUGUGUCUUUGUUUUUUUAUAUAUUAUGUAUACGCUAAGUAUCUUUACCGAAUGGACAUAUAUUGAUGUUCGUAGGUUUCAUUCAUAGUAAGUAUAUGCCGUAUAAACGGUAACACAUACUAAUUCCGUCGCGUCACCGUCACGUCACGCAACGCACACAACGGAAGACCCCUCUUGUCCCUGUGCCUUCCCGGAGGUCUUCUUUCAAACAACGGACGGUAUAUACUUACUUACAUUUGUCCGUAUUAACAUUUCUCGUAACCUAUUCGAGCAUUCUAAUUAUAUUAAUUAAUCUAUCAACUUAUGUGUUCUUUUUUACGGUGUUUUUAAGUAGACAUUACAUUCAUUUGUUCGCGAUAUCCAAAGAAAUGUCACCGUAGUGACAUUCUCCUCGCGUAAAGUUACCCCCUCCAUACCUGUUCUCUCGUAUUGAACACUACAUAGAACUGCUCACAUGGCAGUCUCGGGCAGCUGCUUGAGUAGAGGUAGCGGGAGAACGCUGUUUCCGAGUUACUAACGUAAGGGAAGUAAGUUAGACACCUCUGAUUUAAACGAUCGAAGUUUAUGGAAGGUAAUAUUACAGAAAUAGAUAGCCAUUUCAUCGUAUAUGUCAAUAUGUAAAUAAAUUUUUUGUACAAAAAUAUAAUGAACCUUAUUGCUAGAAGGUGUUGCGACGAGACAAAAUUACAACGCUUCCUUCACUGUAAAAAUAUAUUAAUAAGUAAUUGUAUUUAUUUACGGAUACUGGUUACGUAAAAGAAUAGCGAUCUGUAUAUCGAAAUAUAAGGGAUGCGUGAAACAUAAAUAUUCGUAUAUAUUACAGUCAUUCUCGUACUGUACGCAUAUGACUUACGAGUACAGUUAACAGGAACAAUAACACCUAUUUAUAAAAUAAAGUUUUCACAUAUA